AUCGAGCCUGCACAGCGCUGUACAAAUUCUAUGCUUGCAUCAUUUUUUGGUCGGCAUCGCCCUUACGCACAUAUCAUCAGAGAUAAUAAUACACUAGUGAGAUGAGGGAAAUAGUCCACGUCCAGAUCGGUCAAUGCGGUAACCAAAUCGGCUCCAAGUUUUGGGAGGUGAUUUCCGAAGAGCAUGGAAUUAACGAGGUCGGACAAUACGUCGGCGAUAACCUCCAGCAGUUGGAGAGGAUCAAUGUGUAUUAUAAUGAGGCCACCGGUGGAAACUACGUUCCGAGGGCUGUUUUGGUUGAUUUAGAGCCCGGUACUAUGAAUUCUGUGCGUUCAAGCUCCUACGGAAAACUCUUCCGGCCUGAUAAUUUUGUUUUCGGACAAAGCGGUGCUGGAAAUAACUGGGCCAAAGGGCAUUACACCGAAGGAGCUGAGAUCGUCGAGGAUGUUCUUGAUGUGAUUCGCAAGGAAUCCGAAGGAUGCGACUGUCUCCAAGGAUUUCAAUUCACUCAUUCUGUCGGCGGUGGAACUGGUUCCGGAAUGGGCACACUUUUGGCUUUGAAAAUCAGAGAGGAAUAUCCAGACCGCAUCAUCAACACCUUUAGUGUUUUCCCAUCACCAAAAGUGUCCGAUGUUGUUAUUGAGCCGUACAACGCUACUUUAACUUUGCAUCAAUUAAUCGAAAACAGUGACAACACCAUUUGCAUCGACAACGAAGCUUUAUAUGAUAUUUGCUUUAGAACUCUGAGAAAGGCUAUACCAACUUACGAAGACUUAAACCAUCUGAUUUCAUAUACCAUGUCAGGUGUAACUACGUGCUUCAGAUUCCCAGGCCAAUUGAAUGCAGAUUUGCGCAAACUGGCCGUUAACUUGGUUCCUUUCCCUAGGCUCCAUUUCUUCCUGCCAGGCUUCGCUCCUCUCACAGCUCCAAAUAGUGUCAAAUACCGUAACGUCACCGUUCCAGACUUAAUUAAACAAAUGUUUAGUAGUCAGAACAUGAUGGCUGCUUGCAACCCUCUUAACGGAAGAUACUUAACAAUCGCUACGAUAAUCAGAGGUGCAGUUUCCAUGAAGGAAGUAGAUGAGACCCUGUUCGAUGUUCAAAACAAGAACUCAUCCUAUUUCGUUCCUUGGAUUCCUAACAAUAUUAAGGUUGCCGUUUGCGACAUUCCACCUCCAAACUUAAAGAUGUCAGGUGUCUUCAUAGGAAAUUCAACUUCCAUUCAGUCCAUAUUUAUAAGAAUCCACGAGCAGUUCGAAGCUAUGUUCAAGAAACGCGCUUUCCUCCAUUGGUACAUUAGUGAAGGCAUGGACGAAGUCGAAUUCAACGAAGCUUCAUCCAACAUGAUCGACCUCAUAUCCGAGUAUCAGCAAUACGAGGAUGCCAACGACGAUGAGAUGUACCCCGAGGACGAGGAAGAGCUAGAGGAGGAAGAGGAGACGGAAAUGGAUUAAAUUUAACUAACUUUGU